AUGGUAACUGGCGCCGCUCUCGCCCAGCGACACGCAGCUGGACCUCCGCCGGGGUCGGAUCACAGGCACUUUGUCGUCCGCGGCGCUGGCCAGCCGAGGAUGGAGAGGCGCUGCCCUGAUCGGAAAGAAGUGAUCCAACCCCAGGGCCAACAGGCAGCCAGCGCCCCCGACCAGGCAGGAGAGCAAAGGCCGGAGGACCGAAGGCAGCGAGCCCAGGCUGGUGACGGAGACCCACCAGACGCAGCUGGCGAACAGCAGCACCGCGAUGCUGCGCCGGAGCCUCCCCGGCUGCGCGAGCGUCAGCAAGCCCACGCAGCUCAGCACCAACAACAACCUGCCCGCCGCCGCUGGGGGCGUGUGCGGGCUCGGGUCCGCGGCCCCCCGCGGCCAGGACCACCACCACGGCCACAGCAGGAGGUCCCCCAGGUAACAGCAGGCGGGCAGCGCCAGCAGCCACCAGGAGCUGCUCGGACCCGGGCCGGAGCCCCGCUGGGACCGGGUCAGGAAGCAGCGUCCGCAGCCGGGCGGCUCCGGCAGCCCAGCUCUCGGGCUCGGCGCCCAGCAGCACCGCGAGGACAAAGGCGGCCAGGGCGCCGAGGGAGAGGCGCGCCCGGGAGAAGCGGGCUCCGCGCCGCGGCUGCUGGGGGGAGGCCGGCAGCGGCAGCUCCACGUUGCAGAAGCGGCAGAGGUGGAAGAAGAAGCCGCGCGGAGGGUCCUGCCGCAAGGGGCUCACGGAGCUCUUCACGUAGCCGUUCCUCAGGCUCUCGGGGGGCGAGCCGGCCCCGUCCACCGGUGGCGGCGGCGGGUACCGCAUGGUUUUGGCGUCUCGCUCGCCCCUCCUCAUGGCCGGGGUGGCCACGGGGCUCAGCACGCCCCGCUCGGACCGCAGCCAGCAGCUCGCGCUCCCGGACCACCCCUCCACCCCCACGCCGGACGCGCGAUCGGGGCGCCCCCCGGCUCGCAGCGCGUCAGAGCUGCGCCCGCCGCCGCGGCCCGGGGUCUCCGCCGCUCGGGAUGAGGAGCGGCAGAGUCCGCCUCAUGUUGGCUGGGGCGAGCGGCGGAAGGGGCUUGUCUCCCACACCGCUUCGGUCGCCGUCUCCUUUUUCCUCGGGCACCUCUGGGGACUGGAGACUCGGUGUCGCCUCCCAGCUCCCGCUGCCUGCAACAGUUACCUCACGGCCCCAGCCCGGUCCGUUGGGCGCGCGAGCGGCGGGCGGGCGCUCCUCCCCCGCGGCUGCUCCAGCCGGGCGCGCGCCCAGGCCGCCGUCCGCGCGCGCCCGCGUCCGGCCCCGCCAGCACCCGAGCCCGCCUGUCGCCUACAGGGACGCGAGAUCGCGACCCCGUAGGAAUGGGCGAGUCCCGAUGAAGGAGAGAGCAAUCGCGGUCACAGAGAAUCAUCAGAGAAAUGUGACGUUAGAUUAACUCUUUCACUGGCAACUUAAAUGGAUUGUGAAAGAAUGAAAGACGAGGAAUAUAUUCCAUGAGGCUGUGAUAUCACCAAGGAAAAACUUGAAAGAAUAAAAGAUUAUAAGGUUGGAAAGAAAGAAUUACUUAUAAAAACAGAUGUUCAACCCAACUGAGAAAAAAAUCCAGUAAUCAGCUGCCAACUAAUUAGCUCUAGUAUAUUUAAGAUUAUUUCUUGAAUCCUAAGCUACUGUUCAUAC